GGCAUUCUGAAGCAAGGAGGCGCAGCCUUUUGUUCCUCGCCCUUCUGCUUCUUCUCUCCUCGCAGCUGCACCCAAAGCAACUCUGCCGUAUCCCGCCUCAGCAUCCACGUGCAAAAGCAACCAAGCACCGAGCGGCUGUCGACAUGACGAACGAGCUGGCACCGCCCCGCAAGAGCGUAGAGCUGGAGGACCCCGGUGCGAAGGAGCUGGCCGAGUCAAGUGACGAGCACUUUUCCGAUGCCUCGGAGGGCAAGUCUAGACGAUCGACAUUGACGUCGCCCAUCCCCACGACGCGAGUGGAGCGAGUCGACGAUACGCCAGCACACGGCGAGGUGCCUGGCACAGAGGCCUAUAAGAUGCGCACCCAAGACGCCGUGCCCGACGAGGUUGAGAUUGUGCCAGAGGGCAUGCGAAGCCGCAGUGCGUCCCGCGUCAGCAUCAGCGACCGACCCAUCACGCCCGGAGGCACGCCAAUUCCAAAGACUAUUGUUGAGAAGAUCGACCCCGACAAGCCUAGCUACGGUGACAUUCCGGGGACCGAAGCACACCAGCAUCGCCUGGCGGAUGCGGAGCCCGACAUUGUGAUCAAAGCACCUGAGGACAGCCAGCGCAGCAACCCAGGGUCACCAACCUCGCAUGACAGGUCUUUGAUAAAUCCAGACAGCGGCCCAGCCGAGUCUGCGCCUGAAGGCGACGUUGCAGUCGAGGCACAAGAUGACAAGGACAAUACGGAAGACAAGGACGACAUUGGUGACGAGACUGCAGAAGUAGCAGAAGCAGCAGCAGCAGCAGACGAUGAUGAUGAAGAUGACGAUGGGUUUGGCGAUUUUGACGAGUUUGAAGAGGGCGGGGAGGGGGACGACGAUUUUGGAGACUUUGACGAUGGGUUUCAGCAAGGCGAGCACGAGGCAGAGACUACAUUUGACAAGCCCCCCGAAGCCGCUCCUGUACCUGCCCCUUCGCCGGGUCCUCCAGUCUUGGACUUUGACCGGCUCACAUGCCCUGAAGACAUUGCCACAGCCACACAGCCGUACCUGGAGGAGAUUUACCCAGGGCAGCAUGAGAUUCCCAGCAUAUCGGCCAACGCAGAGGAGACGCGGUCCAUGUUCCAGUCGGAACGCAGCCACUCGCUGUGGACGCAGCUGGUUGCACCGCCACCGCUGCAGCCACCAGACUGGGUGCGGUCGCGGAUACGACGGCUGUUCCUCGUAUCGCUGGGCGUGCCGGUCGACCUAGACGAGAUCCUGCCGGCGUCGAAGCAAAAGAAGCUUAUCCUACCCUCGAUUCACAUUCCAGGCGAACGGUCGCCGCGGCCCUCGUCAGACGGGCGCCACAACAACAACAACAACCACACGCACAACAACGGCGGUCCACUCGGGCGGGUCAAGCGCGAAAACGAGUCUUCGACUUCCAUCGACUCGUCGGGCUCGCGCCCAGAGCGCAAGCGCAAAGGCCCGCCACCGCCUCCUGAGCUCGACUUGAGCUCCACGGCCCAACUGUGCGCCACAACCGACGCGGCGCUCCAGGGCUUCACAGACGACGAGCUGCGCAUGCACAUUGAUCAUCUCAAGGGCUUGCAGCAGCGCGCCACGCUCGUGUUUGAGUACUGGCAGAAGCGCAUGGAGAGCGCUCUUGGCGACAAGGAUGCGUUUGAGCAGGUCAUUGAGAGUUUGGUGGCGCAUGCAAAGAAGCUGAGGUAGUUGUAGUGGUAGUUGUAGUGGUAGUGGCAUGUGAAUUGGAAACAAAGCUCUUGUGAGUGUGCGUGCAAUCUGUAAAUCAGAAUG